AUGGCGAAUCAGUGUUCUGUGAUUACUGAAGAAUCAGUGGAGGAACAAGUUCCUGUCACUACCACAGUUCCAAGAAAUGAUGUGAGAUCAUCAGUUUCUAUCGAUAUUUCGAAUCAGGCAAGUCCUUAUUUCUUGCAUUCCAAUGAGAAUCCCUCACUUGUAUUGGUUUCAACGUUGAUGAAUGGUAAGAACUACCAUGGUUGGGCCAGAGCCAUGAAAAUGGCUUUAGUAUCGAAGAACAAAUUUUCAUUUGUUAAUGGAACCAUAUCAGUUCCAGAUUUUUUAGAUCCAAGAUAUGCAGCAUGGGAGAGGUGCAACACCAUGGUUCUUUCAUGGUUGCAUUGUUCAAUUUAUGAUUCUAUUUCUCAGUCAACUUUGUGGAUGGAUAAAGCUUCGGAUGUUUGGAAUGAUCUCAAAGAGAGAUUUUCGCAAGCUGAUAUCUUCAGAAUUUCAGAUCUGCAAGAUGAUCUUUACAAGUUACGUCAAAGUGAUACCUCUGUGACAAACUAUUAUACACAAUUGAAAAUUUUGUGGGAUGAAUUAGAGGCAUUACAGCCAACUCUAACGUGCCAGUGCACUCAUCCUUGCUGUUCAAUAACAUCAGAAGUGAAAGCUAUAAGAGAAAGAGAUUAUUCAAUCCGAUUUCUCAAAGGAUUGAAUGACCAGUUUUCAAAUGUAAGGUCUCAGAUAAUGUUGACGAGUCCAUUACCUUCGGUGAAUCGUGCAUUUUCCCUGGUUAUGCAGCAAGAGAGACAGCUGCAUCUAGAAGGAGCCUUCACUAAUAAAGAAACUCAUAGAAUUUUUUAUAAUUCUGGUGAUCAAUCACAAAGCAGAGGCAGAUCUCAAGUACGUGGUAGAGGACGUGGUACAUUCAUAGGCAGAGGAACAGGAGGUCCUUCGAGACUUUGUACAUACUGUGGGAAAACAAAUCACACAGUUGAAACUUGUUUCGAAAAAUAUGGGUAUCCCCUUGGUUUCAAUCAAAGAGGAGCACCUCACAAGGCUAAUGUUACAGCUGUACCACAGGAACAAAUGGCACCCUCGAUGGAGAGCAUGCAAAGUUCAGGAGAUAGUUUCACUAAUCACCAAUAUCAGACAAUUUUUGAAAUGAUUCAGCAUUCACUCCAACAAGGAGGACCUCACACUAGCAACAUGAUUCAAGGAAAGUCUUUCAAUGCAGACACAACAGAUUCCUCAUCAGGUAUCUUUACUAAGCAAUGGAUAUUAGAUACGGGUGCCACUGAUCAUAUUACAUGUUCCUAUAUGAAUUUGUCUUACGUUCACAAGAUUAAGCCAAUUGCUAUUUUCCUGCCAAAUGGAGGUCAAGUCUUUUCACAUUUUUCUGGUACUGUUCAACUAUCAGAAUCUCUCAAAUUGACAAAUGUACUGUUUGUUAAAGAAUUCAAGGUGAACUUAAUAUCAGUUGCUAAACUGGUCAUGGCAUCUAACUAUCAGGUGAUUUUUUAG